GGUACACGUACCCGCCACGUUCGGCUUGAGAUACGGGGUAUUCCAGUGAAAAGACCGGGUAGAGGUACCCGCAGAAUCCCUCAACAUCGCUUGGCCCAGCCCUUAAAGUGCUCAAUAGGGCACGAAAUCCGACUAGCAUUGAUCGGUUAUCGCAGGCAAUGAGUUCGGUAUCGGGCCCGGUGGCUUUGAGAAGAUACGAACUGGAUUGUUCCCACGGGGUACGGCCCUGAGCAUAAGAAUCACGAACUCCCACAUGCGACGAGAUGGAUUUGAUCUGGAUCUAGAAUUCGUGCAACAUACACCCGCAACGAUCACUAUCAGUUCUCUGCCGCAGCGAUUAUGGCUUCCACCGAAACAAAGACCUUGUCUGACACCAAGGACGAUAUGGAGUGUGUGACGUCUCAAUCUGGUCAGCAAGAUUCAUCGGGGAUCGUUUUCCUCCAUCCAGCCGAGGAAAGACGGCUCGUGAGGAAGAUUGAUUUUCACUUGAUGCCGGUCAUGUUCUUGUUGUACCUCUUCCAGUACCUAGACAAGACCUCGCUGGGAUACACAGCCAUUAUGGGUAUUAUAGAAGAUACGAAAUUGAGCGGCUCGCAGUAUCCGUGGGUGUCGAGCUUUUUCUACGUUGGCUUCCUGGUUGCCAGCCCUAUUUCUGCCAUCGCGCUGGUCAAAUUUCCUGCUGCAAAGGUUGUCGUCUUGACUGUCAUAAUCUGGGGUGGCAUUCUUAUGUGCACGGCUGCCGGCCAUGACUUCGGAACUCUGUCCGUCCUGCGUAUCCUUCUCGGCUGCUUUGAGGCAGCGAUCAAUCCUGGCUUCACUAUGAUCACCGCGAUGUGGUACAAGCCAUCCGAACACGCUCUCAGACACGGGAUUUGGUAUGGAGGCGCCAGUGUCGCCUAUAUAUUUGGAGGCGUCUUAGCCUAUGGGUUUUCCCACAUACAUAGCGCAGUCAAAAGUUGGCAGUUUCUCUUCAUCAUUUUUGGUGCGGUGACAAUCAUUUGGGGUAUUGUCAUGUAUUUUGUGCUCCCCAACAACCCUCAGACGGCGAAGUUCCUCACCACCGAAGAGAGAAAGUUGGCAUUCGCUCGAGUGCAAGGUACGCGCCACUCAGCCGACAGCAGGAAAUGGAGCAGUGCCCAGUUCAAGGAAGCUUUGAUUGAUCCCAGAACAUGGUUGUUCUUCUUGCUCAAUAUAUUUACCACUCUUCCAGGAGGGGGUCUCACGGCGUUCGGAAGCAUCAUUCUGAAAAGUUUCGGCUUCAGCCUCUACAAAACCCAGCUCCUCACAAUGUCUCAAGGCGCCUUCUUGCUCCUGUUCGUCGUCUUCACUGUUGCGGUAUCAAUGUCAUUCAAGAACGCUCGCUGCAUCUCGAUCGCAUUACUCAACCUCAUCUCGCUUGCGGGAGCCCUGAUGAUCAAGCUUCUUCCCGAAAGCGAUAAAAUAAGCCGCCUGGCUGGUCUGUGGCUCAUCUCAGCCUACGCCAGCUCUUUCCCCACCAUCUUGAGUUUGAUCUCGAGUAACAUUUGUGGCCAUACCAAAAAGGCAACCGUCAACGCAAUGCUUUUCCUGGGAUUCUGCACAGGAUACAUCAUCGGACCACAGACAUUCUUGGCCCGUGAAGCCCCAGGCUACAAGACUGCUUUCAAUGUCAUGAUCGCCUGCUUCGUGCUCAACAUUGCCAUUAUUCUCACCAUGCGACAGCUCAUGGCCUGGUGGAACGGAAAACGUGAUCAGGAGAGGGGUCAGGACAACAUCGUGAUGGGCGAAGCCGCGGAGAACGCCUUCGAGCAGCUCGAGCUAGACGAGACCGACUGGCAAAACAAGAAUAUCCGUUACUCGCUGUAAGGCGUACUGUGAGAUGAGAAUGUCUUAGUCAGGUGACGGAUAGACCAGGGCUGGAGUUUCGUGACUACCUAUUCGAAACGUGUAUGAAGAGAUGUCCAGGAUACUACGGCAUGUAGAAACGGAAAACGAGAUGUACUUGUUCGGAGUUCUAGGUCAGGCCACUUGAGCCAGUCGAGAGUUUCCUUCUUCAGUUCUCAUGGUCUUAUCUGAUACUAUGGC